AUGUACGAAGUCGCGCGCAAUUUUGUUGAAUCGCAUCAAAACGGCAAAGACACCGGUCGCAUGGUCCGCGACGCGGACUUUGACAUGGUCUACCAAGGCAUCACCACUAGUUUCUCCUCGUUUGACACAGGCGAGCAACUGCAGCAGCUGGAUUGGAAUAGCCACCACGAAACGAUCUCCAUGCAAGCUGCAAAUGAACUGGAUAACUGGUUCGAACACAGUCAGAGGUUGCAAUCGCUCUUUGAAGACAUUGUUGAUCCCUGA